AUGACCGGGAUCGACUAUGAUGGAAAAGACUACAUAUUUUUCGUAGCCACGCUGUUGCAGAAGGCGCCAUUAGCCAACCCACAAGCAUAUAAUACAAAACCAGAACCAACCUUACAUGGAGCAUUUAAAGUGAUCCAAGAGAAAAUAAGCUCAAAAAGUCCACAGUUUAAAAUCCUUAUCUCGGGGCCAGGAAAAACCAUUCUUGUCCUGUUGCAAGGCGAGAGUGCGGUAGUAGUGACAUACGCUGUGGAACCCACGGCCUUGCCCACGCCGCCAACGCCAUCCCAGUUACCCCCAACACCUUCGACUACCUAUCCCACGCCUUCGCCGAUUAAAGAGACAACAUCCUCUGGCUCUGUUGACACGACAACGGAAACCAAAUCUACGUUGACAACUUCAACAAAGACGCCUGAACCAACAAAAUCAACUAUCACAUCAAGUACAUUAUCUAGUGUGACACCCAAACCGUGCACUGUACCAACAGUUACAGCAAAACCAUGCACGUGUCCUACUUAUACAAAAAACACUUGUGCACCAUGUCCAACAGUGACGCAUCCACCAACACCAACACCAAAAAUUGUCACAAAGAUGGUUACAGUACAGGUUCCUUGUCCAACGGAAACGGACUCAACGACAACAGUUUUACCAACAACGGCAUCGGUUGUCACCCCCUCGGCGGCUGAUGUUAACAGUACAGAUAACCCCACGAACGAGACUGAAUGCGAUGCUGAAGAAUAUAGGAAACUUCUUGAACAGCGCAACAGAAACAAUGAAAUUGGACCAGGGGCAGUCGCGGGAAUUGCAUUAGGAAUGCUGUGUGUGGGCUUGUUACUUGGUUUUGUGGCAAGCAGAGUAGCUUGUCGGAAGAAAAUUUAUAAAAGGAACAAAAGAGAGUCAAUAGCCAAUUUCAUAAAUGACCAGUACAACGAAGACGCAACUCCGUAUUAGUAGCC